UGCUGAUAGAAGGUGGGUUAUUUCGCUGAGGAUCCUGGGUACAUAGCUCAAUAGUAAUGCAGCGAAGAGGACUUUAAACACACAUGCAUCGCAACAACACAGGGACGAGAGAAAACACAUUGUUGCGCUGGAUUUUACGGGUCUCUCUGUACACUGUAAAUACGCUUAGUUUAGUUACAUUGUAUUCACAUAAUCGCUUCUGUAACCUACCCCAUUGAUAUGACCGCGUCCUGUUCCGCUUGCUUGGGGAGAGAGAGUACAACAACAGGAAUUAAUUCUAGCUACACCGUUCUGGUCCCCUCGAGUCGGUUUACCGGGAAAUGGUAACGUUUGCACCGCAUUGGAAGGACCAUGGUUGAGGCGAGCAGCAAAUUUCUCCUAAUUGUAGUCGGCUCCGUCUGUUUUAUGCUGAUCUUAUAUCAAUACGUCGCGCCUGGGGUUAUCAAUUUCGGCUCACCACACGGAUAUUUCACCGAGGAGGACGAUGGUGGGGACAUUUUCCCUUCCCCAGACCCGCACUACGUCAAGAAAUACUAUUUCCCAGUCCGCGAUUUGGAGCGAACGGUGGAAUUUGAAAUCAAAGGAGAAGACGUUAUCGUGUUUUUACACAUUCAGAAGACAGGAGGGACAACGUUCGGGAGACACCUGGUUCAGAAUGUGAGGUUGGAGGUUCCGUGUGACUGUAGACCGGGUCAGAAGAAGUGUACCUGUUAUCGACCCAACCGAAAAGAGACCUGGUUAUUCUCCCGGUUCUCCACCGGUUGGAGUUGUGGCUUACACGCGGACUGGACCGAGCUAAAAAAUUGUGUUCCUGGAGUUCUAGAUAAAAAGGAGACCAGGAUGAAAAAUGAAAGGAAAUUCUACUACAUAACCCUCUUAAGGGACCCAGUGUCUCGGUACCUCAGCGAAUGGAGACACGUCCAGAGGGGCGCGACGUGGAAGACCUCAUUACACAUGUGUGACGGACGUACCCCUACUCCGGAGGAACUACCAGCCUGCUACGAGGGUUCUGAUUGGUCAGGAUGUACCUUGCAGCAGUUCAUGGACUGUCCUUAUAACCUGGCCAAUAACAGACAGGUUCGUAUGCUCGCAGACCUGAGCCUGGUAGGCUGCUACAACAUGUCUACAGUCCCAGAACAGAGGCGUUCUCAGCUGUUAUUAGACUCUGCUAAGAAGAACCUGAGGGACAUGGCCUUCUUCGGCCUGACAGAGUACCAGAGGAAAACCCAGUUCCUGUUUGAACGCACCUUCAGACUGAGGUUCAUACGACCCUUUAUGCAAUACAACAGCACCAGAGCGGCCGGAGUGGAUUUGGACAACACUACGGUCCAGCGCAUUGAGGAGCUGAAUGAGCUGGACAUGGAGCUGUAUGAUUACGCCAGAGACCUGUUCCAGCAGAGAUACCAGUACACCAGGCAGCAGGAACGACGGCUGCAACGCCUCAGGACCCACAACGGUCAGGGGUUAGGGGACGAGGGUCAAGGUCUGGGAGUGGGCCUGUGGCCUUCUAGAUCCAAACUAACCCCUGGACCAGGGGAGGGAGAAGUGGAGGACCCAGAGGAUGGGGGGAGAACAGAGGAGGUGGGAAGGAGGUUACCGACUGAAGACUAUAUGAACCAGAUAAUUAAUCGUUGGUAACGCACACACACACGCAUCAGAGGUUAGAGGUCAGGGAUGAAAGUGUAUAGGGUAGUUAUGGAGACUGAAGUAGAGGAAUGGAUUGAAUGUCGCUGACAACCGACUUUCAUCGUUCCCUCUCUCUCGCUCUCCCUUGCCUCCUCUCUCCCUCUUUGUCUCUCUGGUACACCACGAAAAGUGCACGGUGAAAAAAAACUAUAGUGGGGAAACUCCCAGAUAUCCCUUCAGAGAGCAGAGCUUUGAACCGUUGGACAGAAAGUUUUCCAUUGGCUGAGCCUAACCGAGAAAAUGAAAAUGUAACAUCUACAGAAAAAGGACUACGUAAAGGAAGUUGGACGAUGUAUAAAAAUCUUUUUUCUUGGAAAUCAGCCACCAUUUCAGACAUGAACAUGCGUCUUAAUGACGCAAUUCUCAUUUUAGAACUACUAUGUUUAUUAUUAUAUCGUUUUUAUGUUGUUGUUUUUUUUAAAGGAAAUGUAACCGAUAAAUGGACGUACCAUGGACCAUAGCCAUUAUUUCAACAUUAUGGGGACAUUAUGGGGACAUUAUGCAUAUAUGUGUGUAGACAACUGGGUAACAAUCCAUCCAAAUUACAUCCUAUUCCCUUUGUGGGGCACUACGUCCAUUCCAACACCCUAUUAUUCCUUAUGUAGUGUGCUACUUCUGGCGCCCUAUUCCCUAUAUAGUGCACUACUUUUCAUCAGAGCCCUAUGUGGCCCUAUAAGGAAUAGGGUGUAGUUUGAGACGUGGCCAUGGAUGUGAUGAAUGUUAGAGCUGAUCUGAUGCAGUGUAAAUGGAACUGAGCCAAACCCUACUUCUGAUUGGUAGUUAGUGCCUCUCAGGACAGACAUGAUGACUAUUAGACCUACCUGAUAUUUCAGGCUCACACUACUUUUUUUGGACUACUUUUCCCCUGUGUAUCUGUCUAUGUGCGCAUACACAUGUAAAUAGUGUGUAUGCAUUUGUAAAUAUCGUGUGUGUGUGUGUGUGUGUGUGAGAGAGAGAGAGAGAGAGAGAGAGAGAGAGAAUGGCUUUAGCUUUGCUGUGUGAUUGACAUGCUAUAUGACCAAUCUCUUGCCAUAGUGUUAGAGGGAUGAAUGUGAACCCUUUUAAUUUAUUCCUAACAUGGAGGGAGAGACACACACAGACAAAGGCUUGAGGUAGACGUUUCCCUUAACUCUAGGUCACCUUAAUAUCUGACUCUGUAUCGCUCCCAUGUGAAUAUGUCCAAAAUAACACACACACACACCAUUAUGUCAACUACAGCACUACUCAUCGAUUGUAACGCUUUUGGAGUCCCUCAAGCUCAGAUUAUACCAGGACAAAAUGCUAUAAUCUUUCUUUACAAUCUUAUCGCUUAAACUAGUGUCUUAAAUAUUUCUGUUGAAUGAAAUUGAAUAUUUUCCAUCACAAACAUUUACUUCCUGUGUGUCUCAACUAAUUCCCUCUAUCAGUGUCAUUCAGGCAAUUUUCUUAUGAUUGCAAAAACAGAUCAUCAAACCACCAAUUAAAAUAUUCAAUUUUUGUAAAAACU